AAUGAGUGUCUCACAUUUUGCUCAAUGUAUCUGGGUGGGAUUGAAACUGUAUUUAAUCGAGAGAAACGAAAUGUCGAUGUUAGUGUGCAUGAGUCGGGGUUAGAGGUCUUCGCGCAAAAUGUUCGUCCUUUUGGGCUAAUUACAAGGGUUUCUAACGUGUCUCAAAAAGAACGUGAAAUGGCUCAUUGGUUUGUCUUGAAUAAUAGCCUCGAGCUUGACCAUUAUCUAGAGCAACACAAGAAUCUUUUAGAAAAUGAAGGUGUACGUGACAUCACAAAUAGACAGAAAAAGGAAUUCCCCAAGUGGUUCAAAGAACAUGUAAGAUAUAAUCCCAAACUUUAUUCAGCUACACUUAUAUGAAUACUAACAUAAUGAUUGAAAUUGAUGUCGUUAUGUAGAUGAACCAAUUACGAGCUCAAGGAUUACCAGAAGCAACUGAUGAUUUGUGGUCGUUAGCAAAUGGUCCUAGUGUGAAUGUUAACUUGUAUUCAGCUUGCAUUUCCAAUGGUGUUCGAUUUCAUAGUAAGGAUCAUGAUAGCAGUCAUAAAUGCCAAAAUAGUGGGUUAGUUGUGGAAGGGGAGCAUGAGAGACAAACAAUUAACUUUUAUGGGUACUUGAAUAGAGUGUUGGAGACGCAUUACAUGCUUGGACAUCGAGUUGUUUUAUUCCAAUGCGAAUGGUUCAAUACUGGUAGCAGUAGAACAUUACAUACCGAUACACAUUGCACAAGUAUUGAUGUUAGAAGUCGAUGGUAUAAAGAUGAUCCAUUUGUCUUACCAAGUCAUGUGAAACAAGUUUUCUACGUUGAUGAUACAAAGUUAGGCGGACAUUGGAAAGUCGUAGAAAGACUACAACAUCGAGGAAUAUGGGAUGUACCAGAACAAGAUGGCUUUGAACCUGACAAUGUAUUGCAACAAAAUGAAACAACUGAUGCUGUCCCAGUGAGCGUUGAAGACCCCGUGACAAUCUCACUUCAUAUGAAUGACAUUGAUCCUCAAAUUAUCCCAAGUGAGGUGGUUUUACAAUCAGUUAAUCGAGCACACAACAAUGGUGUUGAUGAGGAAGAAGGGUGCGAUAAUGAAGAUGAUUACUACGAGCAUUGACUAUCCAAGAAGAUGAGCUACAUAAUCAUUUUGA